GCCGGCAGCCUCAACUUUCGAGUCAGCUUAUCUGCGACGAUCAAGCUGCUUUCUUCUCGUCCACUCAUCAAUAGUCUUCGACCAUGUCCGAUAAUCCCGCACUCGAAGCUUGUGCGAUCCUCACGCCCGUGUUAGACAGCCUUGGAGUCAGAUAUGCUCUGAUGGGCGGCGCUGCCUGCGCUGCUUUGGGUUCUGGACGCGCCACAAGAGACAUCGAUCUAUGCAUCGUCGCCAACUCUCAGUAUGAUGCCGACACACUGUCUAGACGCCUGAGGAGUCUUCCCCAGUUCACCGAGGUCGACGAGGACAACGUCGGUGUCCUCACUCCCGCCAUCCAGCUUUCCGAUAACACUGUCGUCCCCAUCGAGAUCUUCGACUCAAGCGCAUGGCCGGAGCGACCACAGUACCAAUACGUCGAAAGCGAGUCCGUCCAACGUGUGCUUUCCAAUGGCACCACCGUCUCUUUGUUCUCCGCGCCCUGGCAGCUUCGCGAGAAGAUCGCAGCCGCCCAGCAGCGAGGACAACCCGGAAGCCUCAAAGGAACGACGGAUAUUUCAGAUAUCAGAUUCCUCUGCUCGAUCAUCCCAUCAGAUCAGCGUCAGCAGGGCCUGCUUGAAUUAGCUGACCCGGAAUACAUCCGCGCGUUCGAGGGCUUCCUGCAGCGUCCUGACGUAGACGAUGGUCUUCGCCAAGAACUCUCUCAGAUCAUCUCUGUCGCAAACAUCGAGUUGCUUCCAGGACCAAGUGGGACGGGCCAAGGCGGGAGUGGUGGAAGCUCUGAUGGUGGAGGGGGAUAUACUCACGACGAGCUUUGAUCAUGUUCCGCCCAUUCAUUCAUUCCUUACGGAAGCGAUGAAUCAGCGGUGCGAGGCGACGAUAGCGAGGGCGAGGCUGAAGGGAGACCGAACGGUAAGGUUGCUGCAUGCUUUUGUUUCUUGUUGGUUUUAUUCUUCUUUUUUUGC